AUGAAUACCACGAAAUCAAUAUCGUCUGUUCGCAUUCAUCUGGAGCCCGUUGAGGCCCAAUCACGACGUUCAUCAUUUGAUUUAAAUGCUAUUUCAUCAAUGUUAACACGAACGAAAAGUCGCUUGAAUUCGAAUGUGAUGAGUGUAUCAACAGCAAGUCUUGUCGGACAACGAUCAGCACGUAUCAGUAGUCUUAGUAGUAGUUAUGCACAAUUUUUAAAACAACGAGAUACGGAUAAAAAUAAAAAAACUCUAUCGCAAGAAGAUCAUCGUCUGUUAUUAUCAUCGAGCGAAUGGGUCGAAGAUAUUAAAGAUAGUGAUCCCUACGUAUCCAUUCUUAGUCGGCUGGGUGAAGCCAUUCAAGAUUCUGAAACAUAUAUGGAAUUCGUUAAAAAAUCUUUUACUAUUGUUACAAAUACAAUCAUUGCUACAGCUUUAUUGGUUUUAUUAACUGUGUUUCAAGUGAUACUUUUCUUCAUGGGAGUUAAAUAUCUAGAUGAUUGUCCUGCUCAACCAAAUCUGCCAGUCUAUUUACUGGUUGUUGGUUCAAUGGGACUUGUACGUGUAUUAAAUUUAUUAUGGAAGCAAUUUCGUCGAAGACGAAUGCGAAAAUUAGAAGGUGUAGAACUUGAUCAAGAAGAAGAAACUGACAAUAAUGGAUCGGGCUUUACAGAUGCUGUAUUAAAUCUAUUUCUACUUGCUUGGUUUAUUGUUGGACAAUAUUGGACAUGGAGUGCUUUUAAGCCACAUUUUGAAUUCGGUUUAGAAAAUCCAGAGAAAUAUUGUCAUAGAAACUUGUACACAUUUACGCUUAUACAUAUUGGCUUUGUUUAUGUCAUGUUUCUUGCUGCUAUACUUUUUCUUAUUGCGCUUACAUGUUGUGCUAGAUUUCCACAUUUACUUGUUAAAACACCACGUUAG